AUGAGAUAGAAGAGAGAGAGAGAGAGAGAGCGCGAGUGGAAGAGCAGAUGAUGAAGAGAGAGCGAGAGAAAUAAGGAUGGAAAGUUAGGGUUUCGAACCCGUUUGGAUUCUUGUAGUAUUUUGAUCGGAAUUUUCUCUCUCCGGCAAUAAAUUUUGCUCUUCUUUUUUCAUUUCUCCCAGUGACAUCACCGUUAUCUGGAGAAUUUCAGAUAUUUUUUUGGUUCUCUUUUGGUUCCGGUGACGAGAGAUGAAAUUCAAAGUUUGAUCCUUUAACGUCUCGAAUAUUUCCUAUUUUGGCCUCAAGGCAGAAACCACGUCUCAACUCUUUGUACUCCACGAUUCUUUGUCCUCAAAUACAAGUUUGUGGUUUAUUAUCAUCAUCAAUCAUCAAUCAUCAAUCAUCAAUGGCCGUCUCUUUCACCCGUUUUUCAUGGUGCUUGUGGGCUGGCAAAGAUAAAGAGCCAAUCCCCAAUGGGUCUUCCAUAAACUCUUCAUUCGAGUGUGGUUUUGGCGUGAACCAACCUGAAACAGUACAGUUGUUCCCUUCUGUUAGAGGGAACAAGAAGAAGAUAGCCUCGUCGACUAGGAAGGUCAAGAGGAAACGGCAGAGCAGGGAGGAGAGGAGGAUGGAGAGGAGAGACUGUGAUUUUGUGAUGGUUUCAUCGGACGGCGGCUGUUCUUCGGGCUCCGAAUCCGACGGCUUCGACAUGUCCAUUGGCUGGAUUGAGCCUCACGACCCUGGUUUUCAGACUGGUGGUAACGAUGAUGACAAUGGUUUUGCUGUACUUGUCCCUUGCUAUGGCCCUGGUUGCAAGGAGCUUGUUGCGGGGUCCAAUAGUGCCAUUUUUAGAGCUUUCAAGAACCUCCCAAUUGAGUUCUCUCCUGAUUGCAAGAAUUACAUGGAACAAGUGCUGUCUUCUGCUUUGGUGCCCAUGGGGAAUUGAUCUUUCUUAUUGGUAGCCCUUUGUGGAGAAAUCUGUUAGCUUUUAGUAUUACUAAAGUAAAUAAAUUUAGUGAGGGAAUUUCAGAAUAGAAGACACUGUUCGACCGUGCAGUUGUCAGACUUGGUGACAAUUUCAAAUUUUCAAUACAGUUGAGAUAACAGUCAUUUAAUCUAGAUUUACUCGGAAGGCAAUGUUUUUCAGCUCAUGCUGUAUUCUGUUAUAUUAUAAUAUUGGGAUUCUUUAUUUGUAAAUACAACUUUUUAUGAACUUUUGAUCAUGCUUUUAAUGCUUUUAGUUCA